AUGGCGGUUGAACCAGAUAACGACCCCGAGAUUGGCUCACUCAACGCCCAUCUGAAUAGCGAACCAUCCCAAGCCAUUGUUAUUACCCCAGCCCAGCAGUCUAUUGAUAUCAAAACAAACGUGUCGGUCGUGAUACCUCAUUUCUACGGGCGAAAGAUUGAGUUCCCAUAUGAAUUUCUCCAUGAGUUCUGCAAACUUUGCAGUGUUCAGAAGAGGGCCCCUAAUUCGACCGAAGAGGAUUACAGGUUGCGUGCACUCCCAUUUGCGCUGAAAGGUGAGGCCAACACAUGGUUACUAAGGUUACCGGCCAAUUCUAUCAGCACAUGGGCAGACUUCAGACUACUUUUCUUGGACUACUUCUUUCCCUCAAACAAGACGAAUACUAUCAAGAAGAAGAUUCUAGCGUGCAGACAGGAUUAUGAUGAGUCCUUGAGCCAGUAUUGGUCACAUUUCAAGGGAUUGCUCGAUUCUUGCCCCAAAAACUGGAUGUGCGAAGAAAAGGUCUACAAUAUUUUCUACGAAGGGGCGAAUCCAGAGUCCAAGGAUUUACUAAACUCUUCGAACGGGGGAAUUUCACAAAGAAACGUGUGA